AUGGCGUCAAUACCCGUCACCGUCAGCCACCAAGGCACCAAAUACAAAGUCGAAAUCGACACCUCCUCCAACGGCGAAACCUUCAAGUACCAACUCUACAGCUUGACGGGCGUCGAGCCUGAUCGCCAGAAGAUUCUCGUCAAGGGCAAGCAGGUCAAAGACGAUGACGACAUGUCCAAGUUCGGCCUCAAGGCUGGCGCCACCCUCAUGAUGAUGGGCAAGCCAUCUGGGGAGAACGCGGACCUCGCCCGUCCCAAGGAAGCAAUCAAAUUUGUCGAGGACAUGACCGAAGCCGAAGCCGCUCAACAGGAGGGCGCCACACCCGCCGGCCUCACUAACUUGGGCAACACCUGCUACCUCAACUCGACCCUCCAGACCCUCCGAUCGAUUCCCGAGCUCCAGAGCGCUCUCACCACAUACAAGUCGGGCAGUGGCGGAGCCGGCAGCAGCUUCGGCCUUAGCUCGACCGAUAUUGCUACCCAGCUCAUGGAUCUGUACAAGAACAUGUCGGAGACUCAGGGUAGCAUCCCCCCGCUCACCUUCUUGAGCACUCUCCGCAUGGUCUACCCGCAGUUCGCCGAGAAGUCCAAGACCGGAGCUGGAUACGCCCAGCAGGAUGCCGAGGAGGCCUGGUCUCAGAUCAUCUCCCAGCUGAAGCAGAAGCUUUCCGAGUCGGAAGGCUCCUCCUUUGUCGACAGAUACAUGGCCGGAGAGCUCCAAUCCACGCUUGAGGUCGACGAGCAAGCCGCCAGGGACGCUGGCGAGGAGCCGAUCAAAUCAAGCGAGAGCUUUCUCAAGCUCAACUGCCACAUUGACAGCACCGUCAACCACCUGCGUGACGGUAUCUUGGCUGCCCUGACGGAGAAGUUGGAGAAGAAGUCGGCGGUUCUGGACAGAGACACGACCUACACCAAGAAGUCGCUGAUCUCACGACUGCCCAAGUACCUCGCCGUUCACUUUGUUCGUUUCUUCUGGAAGCGUGAGGUCCAGAAGAAGGCCAAGAUCAUGCGCAAGGUCACCUUUCCCCAUGAGCUUGAUGUUGUUGAGUUCUGCACCGAUGAGCUGAAGAAGGCCCUCGUCCCUGUGCGCGACAAGGUUCGUGAGAUUCGCAAGGACGAGGAGGAUAUCGAGCGAGCUCGGAAGAGACGUAAGAUUAACCCUGUCGACCGCGGCGAUAUUGCCGGAGCCUCUGGCGGCCCCGAGGGCAAGACGGCUUUGGAGAAGGCCAACGACAAGAAGGCGGAGAGAUCUGGAAAGCACAUCGCCACCACUUCGGACGGCGAUACCGAGAUGGCCGAGACCUUCAAGACGGACGCUGAGGUCGAGGCCGAGAAGGACGCGGCCCUCGUCGCUGCCAAGAAGGAGCUCUAUGCCUUGGUCAACCAGGAUCUGGUCAAGGACGAGGGCGCCAACCAGUCGGGGAUUUACGAGCUGCGUGGCGUCGUUACUCACCAGGGAGCGAGCGCCGACAGCGGCCACUACACGGCAUACGUCAAGAAGACUGCCCCUGUAGACCCCAAGACCGGCAAGAAGGGCGAGGAGGACGGCAACUGGUGGUGGUUUAACGACGACAAGGUGUCGGAGGUCACACCCGACAAGAUCGAUGCUUUGGCAGGUGGUGGCGAGUCGCACUCUGCGCUCAUCUGUCUCUACCGAGCCAUCCCCCUCCCGACCAUCGACAACGAGGGCAAGGCUGAGUAA